AUGGCCAUCAUCACUUUCCAUCCUCAGGAAUUAAGACAGGUGGAACUUACAGAAUUAAUAAGGGGCAGCUUUUGUAGCAGCCCUUAUUUUCACUAUCCUCCAGUUGGUUUUGGAAGUUUCAGGGCAGAUAGCAGAAACUACACAUCCACUGAGUAUUUGUGUGGGUUGGGAGGAGGGGUUGGAGUUUGUGGUCUGGACAGAAGGACCUUCUGUGUUCAGAAGGAGGCUGUAAAGAAGUUUUUUACCACCAGGCCAGGAGCAGUCUGUGACUUGACAUCACUUUACUUCCAGGAAAGCACCAUGAUGUGUUUCAGCCAUCAGCAGGCCCCCUACCAGCUCCUGUUUGGGGAUCCCCACCUCUUUGAAGAUCUCUUGGGCUUGAAGAUCCACAUCUCUCCAGAUGCCUUUUUCCAGAUUAACACUGCUGGUGCUGAGGUGCUGUAUCUGACAGUGGGGGAGCUGAGUGGAGUGAACUCUAACACCAUCCUCCUUGAUAUCUGCUGUGGAACUGGUGUGAUUGGUCUCUCUUUGGAUCAGUAUACCUCCCAGGUCCUUGGGAUGGAGUUGGUGGAGCAGGCAGUAGAGGAUGCCAGGUGGACUGCAGCCUUCAGUGGCAUCACCAACUGUGGAUUCCACACUGGUCAAGCAGAGAAUAUUUUGCCACAGUUACUAAAGUCAAAGGAAGAUGGGCAGUUCAUUGUUGCUGUGGUGAACCCAGCCCAAGUGGGACUGUGUAAGGAUGGAUAGCUUUCCUGUUACAGAACUAGUUGGGUAUUCUCAUGAUGUCCACCACCUUUAGUCCCUUAUUCCCAUACUAUGCUAAGGGUGCUCCCAGCAGGCUGGCUCCGAUCCUAUUUCUCUAUUCCCAAGAAAUCCUAGGUGCUGGCCAGUUGGUAGUUUCUGAUAACCCAGACCAUGAUAGGUUAAUCAUAUUAAUAGCAAUGUGUUUCUUCCUUCAUAUUACUACGUGGUUCAAGGCAUUCAAAACUGCAGGGCUAUCUGCAUACUGAUUUUUGUUUCCUGUAAGCCCCAUGGUGAAACCACAAGGAACAUCACUGAAGAUCUGGCCAAAGACAAG